AAGCUGUAGUGUGAGGCAGCCUGCGGAUUGUUCCCUUAAAAUAUUUCAGUAUCGGUGUGUUGUGAUAUUUUUGUGACAAUACUUUCUUUCGUUCUUUAUAAUACACUUAUUUUUCCGUGUGCCUAUAAUUUCGCCUAAAGACCACUUCCGUUCCGACCAAUAUCUGUCAACAUAAUUUUCCACCUUUGGCUCAGACACAUCACAAGAACUCGAUUUCAUUGACAACGAGCGGGUGCAGCAUAAUGAGUUUUAAAUUAUUACUGCAGAUAAAAAGCGGUCAGGCGACGUUCGUUUAACCUUUCUUCAUCACAUAAGCGAAGACACUACGCGAUCGGUACUCGAAGCUACUGUACCUGUUUUGAUGCAAUAACCAGUUAAGGGAUAAGGAAGUGAUUUAAGGGAUGCAUAGAUCACAUAUUGAUGUAAUGUUAAAAAAAGUUUGAAUAGUAAACAGUAUAGAGCCGCAGCCGCAGUGGAUCGGCGAUGUAUUGACAAUCGGGGCUGCGAGUGCGGUUUGACCGACAGUCGACGGUGGCGUCGCGGCGUCUCCAUGGUAACACGGCGACGGGUACUUAAGCAAGCGGCUGAUAGACACCCGCACAGAUUACCAAAAGACCGGAGAGCGCGCGGCACGCUUGUGCAGCGGAUCACCGGCGAAUUAUCUAGUUUGACGUUUCGUAAAUAUAAGUGAGACACUUUUGUUACGAAUCUCAACAUACGUGAACUUCAGUUAAGUGUUGUGAAUAGACAAUUAUUGAAAACAAAAUGAUUACCCUAGUGUUGUUUGUUUUGGGAAGCCUCCUCGCAGCAACAGAGGCGUGUGGAGCUGGGAAACAAAUGUUAAGAACGGGUGGGCUGACAUCGUACGAGAAGCAAGCCAUAGUAGAUGCACAUAAUCGUCUCCGGCAAUCCGUUGCUCUUGGACAAGUGUCAAGCCAGCCCCCAGCUGCCAAUAUGAUGGAAAUGGUAUGGGACGACGAGUUAGCAGCGACGGCGCAACGUUGGGCUGACCAGUGCACUCCCGCGCACGACCGCGCCGCGCAGCGUGACGUCGGCCGCUUCCCCGUAGGGCAGAACCUUGCAGCCACAUGGACUACACGCCCGCCGUCUGACCCCUCUGACUCACAGCCCGAUUUCAUGAAGCAAAUCAACGCGUGGUUCGACGAAGUCAGGAUUUACGGCUUCAAACCUAUCAAUGGUGGACACGGCACCGGUCAUUACUCACAGUUGGUAUGGGGUGAGACAUCGCACGUGGGUUGUGGAUAUACAUUCUACUAUGACCCCGUGAGAGGCUACACCAAGUUGUAUGUCUGCAACUACGGACCCGGUGGCAACGUUCUCGGCUCCAACCCGUAUGAGAAAGGCCGCCCAUCCUGCACCCAAUACGGACUCUCUGAAUCAAGAAAAUACUCCGGAUUAUGCUCGGCCAGUUACACUUCGACGUCAAGCUACCAAGUGGCAGAUAACAACAACGGCUACAUCUCGAACGUCAUCCCCGACAGCACUGGUGAUUCUCCAGCCUUCAACUAUCACUUCUACAACCAGUACAACAACGAAUAUCAGUAUCAGUACCAACAGCCACAGACCUACUACCAAACAGAGGCCUCCACCUUCAGGCCCCUGAUCAGCAUCUUCAAGACUGCCUCCAAUCUCUUCACAAAGCCGAAAUCCCUCAGAGUCGGCACCGUCUAUCUAUAACCAUAAGCCAUAAGACAUUAUUUUCAUAACAGUAUUUUAAUUAAUUGUGACAGUUGUGUUACUCGACUGAUAUAUUCGAAGCUGCGGAGCGCACUUUCGGAACUUUGUAGAUAACAUUAAUUCCUUGGUUUUACAAGGAGCUUAGGACUUCUCUAUAUGAAUUUUAAUUUACAUGAACCUUGAAUAGUUCGAAGGUCUGAUAGUUUUAUACUAUAAUUAUUACUUUGCUGUCGUGAGUGACCUUCUAGUAUUAGAUAAGCAUUAAGUAAUAUGUUGUUAUUUAGAAUAUUUAUAUUUUAUUGUAAUAAAUAUUUACAUUUUAA